AUGCCUACAUUGACUCAGCCAACACACGCCCGGACCGCCGACAAGAACCCUCGUCGAAACCGCCGACGGAGGUCUCGCGCUCGACAUCUCAACCGGCCACCGCCCAUCACAGCACCCACUCGGCCACCCACAAAGCGAAGGCGGCUUCGUGACCAAGAUUCACUCAAUCUCCAAGAAUGCUUGUAUGAAUGUGACGACCGUGGCUUUCAUUUGGAUCAAGAUGUUCAUAUCGGGCAUGCGGUCUCGUGCAAAGGGAACCCCUUCUCGCUCCUCGAUCUGGAUGUGACCGAUCCUACCGCACUAUUUGAGGACCCCUCUUCUGACCCCACGAAUACUCCAUCGGGCGGCACUGCUCUGAUGCGUCCUGAUUCAUGUUCCUCCCCCCAGAUUCCCGAGCCGAAGAGUCAAGGAGUGGUCGUCAGUGUUCAAACACCGUAUCAUCUCGACCCCACCGCGGACGUUCCGGCACCUACUUCGCCUCCCCGUCUUUCCAUACCCACAACUUUGGAUGCUGCUACUGGAGACAGUGUUCCUGAUCCAUAUCCCGGUCCAGUCAGGGAUGAGUAUUCUCGUCGGUAUCGUCCGGGCUACUUGAAUGACAUUCACAUUCCAAAUCCGAUACUGUUUGAACAUCAAAGUCAAGAAACACUUGCUCUGUCUGAUGAAAAAGACUUUCCCAGCUUCGAGUUGGCCUACAGCCAUCUUAGGCCUCAGCCAGCCUUUACGAGCCUUCAAACUUCUGACGGCAAGACCCGGCUGCUGGAAGAUGAUCUACUGUCAGGCCCUCAAAAAUCAAAAUUCAUUGCGGCCGCGCUACCAUUGAUGGGUCGAGCUCUCGAUAACCCUGACAUCCAACACCACUUUCCCACUCCUGACAAUUUCUUUCCACCAGUCAACGACCAUGCCUUGGUCGGUAAUGUUGUCAGCAACUCCAACCCAUUACAACAACUCACUCACACAAAUCUCGAUCCUUUUGCUGUGUCUGGUAGGUCUCAUGUCUCGCGACUUGACGAAGUCCUGAGGCAAGGUUCGUCCCAUCCACAUACCCUUCUCGACUUUGCUAUGGUCAGCAAAUCCAAGGACGAUACUCUGAUCUCUGCAAACAUCCACCCUUGGACUUCAUUGGGUGAUGUUGUGCCUACCACGCAUGUUUCAAACCACAUCGUCAUGCCGUGGGCACAUCGGGCUACCAGCAGCAACAAGUUUGCUACCAGCGUGCUUCCCGACAAAACGCAGUCAUCUGACACACUGCAAGGUCGAUCAUCCACUUUCCCCGCUGACAGUCACACCCGAAGCUACGUUACUAAGAUACUCGGGUUCCCGCAUCUUCACAACCAAGGAUCAUCAUUUAGGACCAGUGGCCGCCAAAUGGAUAACUCGGUAUUCGACCGCUUGUCAAACUGUACAGAUGAUAUCCCGGUGAAAAUGCAUCGGCAUCAAAUCACUAGACGGCCUACUGCGAAUUGUAACUCGAACAGUGUUACCCAUGCUCCUUGGCUUUCACAAACCAUCACGGAUAACCAGAAAUCCGGUACUGAAACGGUUUCGAAGAUAGCUGGCUGGUUGACAAAUCCGGAUCACCCGAGUGAGCCAGGAAUGUCGGGCGAGGCCGAGUCCAGUCAUGGUGUGUCACAACCACUCCUAAGCCAGCCGAUCCAGGAGACAGGUCUCACCGACCCUGAGCAAGACUUGGAGCCGUCUCCCACCGAGAAGGUCAAAAUGAUGACCGACGACAAUGGCUGUCAAUAUCAUCCAGAAGAAGAUGAGGCUUACUACAGUGCCGCCGAGGAGGAUGCAGAUAUUGAGAUGGUCAAUGGUACUCAGAGUGACGACGAAUGGGCGGAUUUGGAGUGGGACUUUGAGACACCUGAUGAAGAAGAGCGUGUUGGGCUGUAG